AUGAAACCAUCGCGUUUAGCACGUCGUUUUAAUAAAAAAGGUCGUCAAGAUAAAAAAGUUACUAUUGUUGAACAAAAUCCAUUAGCAAAUGUGAUUGUCGAGGGAGAGACAACAACUGCUGACAAUAAUUCAAUAUUACCUUCGAAAAAACGAAUUACUCAUGCUGUCAAACAAACAACUGUUCCUGUUAAACGUAAAUUAUCAAAAAAAGAACGCAAACGUCUUGAAAAAGUACUCGAUAUAAAAAAGAAAAAAGCGAAAAGAGUUGAAUUGCUCGAUAAAUUAGGUCAAGUACAAAUUGGUAGUGAUGAAUUAGCUCUUCUUCAUAAAGUAAAAAAUAUUGGAGCUAAAGUUAAACGUAGUUCUGAAUCAAGUUCAAGUGAUAGUGAUGAGAACGAUAUUGAUGCAACUAUCAAUGAUGAUGAUAUUCGUAAAGCAUUACUUCCUUCUCAAACAGCAACAACAACAACAACAACAACACAGGCAUCUCUUCCACCACCUGUUAUUAAACGACGACAACGUGAAGAUAGUACUAGUAGUAUUGAAGAAACUAAAGUCGAUAUUCCAGCUCGACCACAUGCAAAUGUUCAAGUUGAACGUAGUGAAGAAAUUCAAGCUAUACGUUCACAAUUACCUAUUAUUACUGAAGAACAAGUUAUUAUGGAAGCUAUUCAUGAUAAUCUUGUUGUUCUUAUUUGUGGAGAAACUGGUAGUGGUAAAACAACUCAAUUACCUCAAUUUCUUUAUGAAGCUGGUUAUACAGUUGAUGGUAAAAUGAUUGGUGUAACUGAACCAAGACGUGUUGCUGCUAUAUCUAUGGCAUCACGUGUUGCACAUGAAUUAAAUUUAACUAAUGAUCAAGUUUCAUAUCAAAUACGUUAUGAAGGUACAUUUAAGAAAGAAACAACCUGUAUUAAAUUCAUGACCGAUGGUGUUUUAUUAAAAGAAGUACAAAAUGAUUUUUUAUUAACUAAUUAUAGUUGUAUAUUAAUUGAUGAAGCACAUGAACGUAGUGUAGCAACUGAUGUUCUCAUUGGUUUAUUAUCACGUAUUGUACCAAUACGUUGUAAACGAAAUGAUCCACUUCGUCUUGUUAUUAUGUCAGCUACAAUGCGUAUUGAAGAAUUUAUUAAUAAUAGACAUUUAUUUAAAUUAAAACCAAAAAUUAUUAAUAUUGAUGCAAGACAAUAUCCCGUGACAAUACAUUUUAAUAAACAAACACCAAAAAAUUAUAUUGAAGAAGCAUAUAGAAAAGUUUCGAAAAUUCAUCGACAAUUACCUUCAGGUGGUAUUCUAGUUUUUGUUACUGGUCAACAAGAAGUUCAAACAUUAUGUCAUCGAUUAAGAAAAAAAUUUCCUAUGAACGCACAAACAGAAAAUGAUGUAGAACCACAGUUUAAAUCAAAAAAAACUAGAAAGAAAAAACAAUUAUCAACGGAUGGCAAAUCUUCAUUGGGAAUAAUUGAUGAAGAAGAACUUGAACAUUUACAAUCUGAUGUGGAGGAAGAAGAUGAAGGAAAAAAAGAAGGUUCAAUAACAAGUGAUCUUGAUGAUGAAGAUGUUGGAGUAGAAGGAAUACCAGUUGAACCACUUUAUGUUCUUCCACUCUAUGCAAUACUUUCAACAGACAAACAAGCUCGGGUAUUUGAACCUCCACCACCUGGUAUGCGUUUAUGUGUUAUAGCAACAAAUGUUGCUGAGACAUCUAUUACAAUUGCAAAUGUUAAAUAUAUUGUUGAUUGUGGCAAAGCUAAAACAAAAUAUUAUGAUAAAUUAACUGGUGUAUCAACAUUUCGAAUUGAAUGGACAUCAAAAGCAUCAGCUAAUCAACGAACGGGUCGGGCUGGUCGAACUGCACCUGGUCAUUGUUAUCGUCUUUAUUCAUCAGCUGUAUAUAAUGAUUCAUUUGCAGAUUAUACACCACCAGAGAUCGUCCGAAAACCCGUUGAAGAUCUUGUUUUACAAUUAAAAACAUUAAAUAUUGAUCGUUUAGCUAAUUUUCCAUUUCCUACUCCACCGGAUUUAAAAGCAAUUCAUGUUGCUGAACAAAUUCUUAUACAAUUAAAUGCACUUGAUAGUAAAACACCAACAAAAAAAAUAACGGAAUUAGGUCGUCGAAUGUCAGCAUUUCCAAUUAAUCCUCGAUAUUCAAAAAUGCUUGUUAUCGCACAGGAAAAUCAAGUUUUAUUACCAUAUAUUAUUGCACUUGUUGCAGCACUUAGUGUCAAUGAAGUAUUAACAAAUGGACAAAUAAAGAUUCAAAAAGAUAAUCAAGAGCUUAGUAUUAGUUUAGAUGAUGUCAGACGACAAUGGAUAGGACAAGGUGAAUCACUUUUAUUUGGUGACAUGAUGGUUUUACUUAAAGCAAUUGGUGCAUUAGAUCAUGGAAAUUCAAAAAAUUAUAACACAGUUUGUACUCAUUAUGGUUUACGACCAAAAGCAAUGACUGAUAUUCGUAAAAUCCGUCGACAAUUAAUACAAAUAGUUAAAUCAAUAUUACCUGAAACAGCAACAAUACUUGAUAGUCGUCUUUUACCACCGACUGAACAACAAAUAUGUCUACU